AUGUAUUUCAGAACGCCAAGCCCGGAAGUGAUAUGGUUGGACACUAGUGGUAAACCGAUUCCUGCAGAUUCUGAUCGUUUUAAAAUAUCAACAGCUGACCAAGAAACGAGAUUGACCGUGUUGAAAAUUGAUAGCGAUGUUGCAGGCAAAUAUGUGCUUGUACUUAAAAACGAAUUAGGCGAAGCGCAGUGCGAAAUACCUCUCGAGGUCAGUAUUCCGUUCGUUCCUGGACGACCAGUACUCCAGAAGCAAGGUAUCAAUUCCAUAAGCCUGCAGUGGACUGCUAUACCAACAUUUAUAGAUAAUAAAACAGUGAAAUAUAUUAUCGAGAUGAAAAAGGAAGGGAAAGAUGAAUGGAUGAAAGUGACUGUAUGUAAUCAACCAAGUGUUACUAUAAACGAACUUGAAGCGCAGCAAUUUUAUCGGUUUAGAAUUUUCAUUGGAGAUGAAAAAUUGAGUAAGGAUGAGAAAGAAGAAGUGCAAAUAAUUAAGGAUGAAUUGUUCAUCAGCGAGAAACCAUCAGAAUUCGAUGCUCUGCAUGAGCUCCAACCAAAAAUAGCAGAAGAAGAGAAGAGAACAAGAAGAGAAAGGAAGAAAAAAUUGGCAAGAACUGAGAUUGAAUUCGAUUCCAAACUCGUAGAUGUAACUGUGAAUCUGGGUGAUUCUGUUGAACUUUUUGUAGCAGUGAAUUCAGUUCAUGAACCGCAAGUUCGGUGGUACCGCAACGAGCAAGUCAUCGAUAUCAAUGAUUCGCGCUUCAUCAUCAAAAGAGAGAACAAUCGUUAUGGCAUAAAAAUAAUUUCAUGUGAAGCGCUGGAUUCUGGUAGAUGGAAAGUUAUUGCUCAAAACUCGGAUGGCCAAUGUGAAAGUGAAUGUCAGAUAACUGUUAUUAAACCAGCCGACUUCACAGUUCCUCAAUUCACUAAAUCACUUGAAAAUAUAGAAUGUGAAGAAAGUUCAAAAGUGACACUUGAAGUAGGUGUGCGAGCAAAUCCGAAGCCUCAGAUUCUUUGGUACUUCGAAAAUAUCGAGUUGUAUGAAAAAGAACGAUACAAACUUAAAGCCGAUCAAGUAGAUGGUUCAUAUUCCUUCAGUAUUAUGCCUGCUAUUCCUAAGGACAGUGGCGUGUAUCGAUGUAUCGCGAAGAAUAUUGCUGGUGUUGCUGAAACAUACUGUAACCUCACUGUAAACAAGCGUGUGCGUGUUACACUAGAUGACAAAGCUCCAGUAUUUCAAAUGCCAUUAACAGACAAUGAAAUUUCUGAAGGUUGCAAGAUGACGCUGGCUUGUGCAGUUACUGGCACUCCGAAUCCAUCAUUGCAAUGGUUCAAAAAUGGCAAGAAGCUUAUCGAUAAUGACUUCGUUAUCAAGUUUGAAAGAGGUCUGUGUACAUUGACAAAAGACGUUGUAAAGCUGGGAGAUGCUGGAGUUUACAAGUGUGUAGCGGAAAAUAUGAAUGGAAGUUCAGCUUCAGAAUGUUCUGUCCAUAUAAAACCAUCGGGAGCAAUAAAUAUAAAGCCAUACUUCAAAAUACCACUCACUGAAACAUCAACGAUCUCUGGGUCGGAAGUUGUUCUUGGAUGUAAAGUAAUUGGAUUACCUGAACCAGUUAUAACCUGGUAUAAAGAUGGACAAAAGUUGUUGUUUGAAAAUCGAAUGCUACACUGCUCUUAUCAUAAUGGUAAUGUACGGCUUAAUAUCAUGAAUGUUACUGCAAAUGAUAGUGGUGAAUAUUUAUGUGAAGCGGUGAAUGCAUUUGGAAAAGAUGUGAGCCAGUGUAUUGUGAAAGUUAUUGACAUGGCUUCGGGAUCAGCUUUAGAAAGAGAAAGAGAAUCAACAUCACCAACUGCCUUAGAAGAUGAAACAAAAGCUCCGGUAUUCACUGCUCCUCUACAUGAUGUUGUAUUUAAUGAAGGUAGUCGUGAAAUAUUAGAAGUAGAAGUUGAUGCGCAUCCGAAACCUAUGAUAGAAUGGCUUUUGAAUGGUAAGUUGCUGCAAGAAAGUUCUGCUAUCAGAAGCCACUUUGAUGGACAUUUGGCAAUUCUUGAAAUUAGUGAAGUCCAUAGUGAACAUCAAGGAGAGGUUAUCUGUCGUGCUGUGAACAAACUUGGAAGUGCUGAAACGCGAUGCAGUGUCCUUCUUGAUGAAAGCAAAACUUUUGCUGAAGUGCCAAAAAUCCCAGAAUUUUGCGAAAAAUUGCGUAGUAUAAAAGUUAAAAAUGAAGGCGAUACUUUAACACUGAAAUGCAAAGUCAUAGGUCAGCCAGAACCUGAAAUACAGUGGCUUCUAAAUGGAAAGGUUAUUAAAACGAAUGCUCAGAAACGCAUCCGCACAUUUGAUGAUGGUGUUUCUUUACUGGAAAUUUUGAACAUUACGUCAGAAAGUUGUGGUACUUAUACUGCUCUGGCACGUAAUGUUUACGGCGAUGCUCACACAAGUGCUGAAAUAUCACUUGAUGGGCAAGUCACAACAGUUAUGAAAAAGCCUUUCUUUGUCAUCGAGCCAAGAUCAUAUCUAGUGGUUGAGGAAGAUUCUGUGCUAUCUAUUGUUUGUGGUAUCGAUGGCAAACCUGAACCAGAAAUUUAUUGGUUUAAAGAACAUUCUGUAAUCAGUGAUGAUCGUGUUAUUAUCAGAAAAGAAGGCAUUAGCCAUCAAAUUAUAAUUUCUUCUGUGUCAUCCAAAGACGAAGGCAUUUAUACAAUAGAAGCUCAAAACAUAGGCGGAAAAAUUCGUGCUGAUAUUCAAGUCAAUGUUACUCCAAAAGAAAAGUUAACUGUUAUCGAAGAAACUGGUUUAUUACCUCCUGGUAAACCCUUUGCUGCGCAUCUUAAUAAAAAUAGUCUACUGCUGCAGUGGGAAGCAUCUAAUGAUAAGGCAAAAGUUGAAGAAUAUAUUAUUGAGCAGCGAAGGCCGGAUGACCAAACUUGGUCUGUUGUGGGUGCGAGUAGAGAGACACAACUUCUGAUUACUGGUUUACAACCCAACACCGAGUAUGUAUUUCGUGUAGCAGCUAAAAAUAAAGCUGGACAAGGAGCAUAUUCGUCAACGUCAGAAGUUAUUACGACACUUCCUCUUGGUAGAAAGCCAACGUUUGAAAGUUUGCCUCCUACUCAGAUUGUACUCAAUGAAGAAGAUAUUGAAUUGAUAGCAGAAUACAGUGGUGACCCAAUACCAUCUGUUAAAUGGUAUUAUAAUGGUAUCGAAAUAUCAUCUAAAAUGAAUAACAUUACUGUUGUCAAGCUUUCUGAUAGAUCAAGCAAAUUAGUUAUCAGAAAUCCUAAACCAAUUAUCCACACUGGCAUUUAUUCGUGCCAUAUUGUUAAUGAAACUGGUGAAGCCAUUUCUGAAACACGCAUUAUACAACAGGUUGAAGUUUCAACAAGAGAAGAAGUUUUUGAAGAAAUACAAGUUGAGCAUUUAGUGGGAGCACCACGAGUUGUAAAACCAUUAUCAAAUGAAACUACAACUACUGGUCAAGAAUUUAUACUAACUUGUGAAAUUCAAUCAUGUCCAAAAGGUGUCAUAUCAUGGUUCAAAAAUGAUGAACGUUUAGCUCCCGUUGGUCGUUAUGAAAUGCAUGAGCAAGAUGAUAUAUGCAAAUUAAUUUGUCAUAAAGCUCAGAGCAGUGAUACAGGCACGUACCGAUGCGUCUUAACAAAUUCAGUUGGAUUUGCUCAGUCAACGUGUUCGCUAACUGUUCUACCGCGAAUUCUGCAAAUGGCACCUAAAUUCGAAGUCCUGUUAGAAGAUAGAACAGCUUUAUCUGGUAAAGAUGUGAAAAUGAAAUGUCAAGUAACUGGUAACCCUGAACCUCAGAUAACAUGGAUGAGAGAUGGUGUUCUGAUUAGCACAAAUCGUCACCAGAAACUUGAAUUUUCCGAAGACGGCUGGUGCUCUUUGACAAUUUUUAACUGUACUGCUGAGGAUACUGGCCUUUACUUGUGUACUGCAUGUAACGUUGUUGGCAGCAAGAGCUCACAGUGCAUGUUAACCAUUGUGGAUAUCUCAGGACCGGAUAAACAUUUGGUUACUGCUGAAAUCAAGGAAGCAUUAUAUUGUAAACCUAAAUUUACACGAGCGCCAAGUGCUGUAGUGGAAACUGUUGAGGGAUCCAUGGUGAAACUCACAAGUCGCGCAAUAGGUCAGCCUACGCCAAUUGUUAAGUGGUUUAAAGAUGGAAAGGAAGUAACACUUUUGCAUAAACAACCAGACAAAGAAGCACCGAAUUUCGUAGUGGAUUUGGUGGACACCGGUGUUGCAAUAGGACAUCCGGUAACUCUCAAAUGUGUGGUGAAGGGUAUUCCUGAACCUGAGCUUAAAUGGAUUUUUAUUAAUGAUGCGCAACAAACAAGUCUGUUGCGUACGACUACAAAUUCUUUGUGGACUGAGUGUCGACGUGGUGAGACGUGUGAAAUGAAAACUGAGAAUGUUAUGAAGGCUCAACAAGGCACGUAUCAAUGUUUUGCUAGCAAUGAAUACGGAAAGGCCUUAACUCAGUGUUACUUACUUGUUGGAGGUAUCAUACAUUUUAUUUGUAUAUUGUAA